CAUGCUCAUAACUGAAUACACACACACGCAAACGGGGACGCCAGGCACAAGUCCGAUUGAAGCUUUUGUGCUCCCAACCGUACGUCAAUUAUAUCAGUAACCGGCAAACACCUCUCGCAUACAGUUGUUUCGCGGGCAGCAUUCGUGGUUCUGUUUUGGGUGAUAGACACGUGUCUCUCCGGUUCUGUGCCCCACUUCACCGUUUACAAGCGUGUGUUUUUUUUGCUAUCAACCUCACAGUUUUGUGGACUUAUUGUCCCAAUCGAACAUCUCGUGCCGUACUUUCCCGUCCCUUGAAAAAGGAGAAAGAAACAAGAAAACAUGUUGGAUUUUGACGUACUUCCCGUUGCAAUUGGUGUGGUGGUGGUUGUUGUCGGUGCUGCCAUAGCCAACUAUCUGCUAAACAACAAGAAAGGCAAAUCCUCCUCCUCCUCCUCCUCUUCCUCUAAGGGAGGUUCGAAGGAGCCGAAAACGUUAUUGGAUCCCCAGGAGAAGUAUAUGCUGCCACUGAUCGAGAAGGAGGAAAUUUCACACGAUACACGACGCUUCCGGUUUGGACUGCCAAGUGAAAAGCACAUUCUGGGGCUACCGAUCGGUCAGCACAUUCAUCUGUCUGCAACCAUUAACGAUGAGCUGGUCAUUCGUGCGUACACGCCAGUUUCGUGCGAUGACGAUCAUGGAUUUGUCGAUCUGGUGGUGAAGGUGUACAAGAAAAACGUUCACCCAAAGUUCCCGGACGGUGGUAAAAUGUCACAGUACCUGGAGGGGAUGAAGAUCGGUGACAAGAUUGCAUUCCGUGGACCUUCGGGACGGUUGCAAUAUCUGGGCAAUGGACGAUUCUCCAUCAAGAAGUUGCGAAAGGAUCCGGCACAAAUUUAUGAAGCCGCACAAGUGAGCCUGAUUGCGGGUGGAACAGGUAUUACUCCUAUGCUACAGUUGAUUCGCGAAGUACUGAAACAUUCCGACAAGGAUAGCACCAAACUUUCGCUUAUUUUUGCUAAUCAGACUGAAGACGAUAUUCUGUUGAAGCCAGAGUUGGACGAUCUUGCUGCCCGGUAUCCGGAACAGUUCAAACUUUGGUACACAUUGGACCGUCCUAAGCCAGAAUGGACACAGGGCAAGGGAUUCGUGACGGAUGAGAUGAUCAAGGAAAGGUUGUUCGAACCAUCACCAUCGUCACUGGUGCUCAUGUGCGGGCCACCACCGAUGGUAAAUUAUGCGUGCAUUCCCGCACUGGAAAAGUUGGGCUAUCCGAUGGAGCGUACCUUCGCGUAUUAGGAGAUCCUUCUGUAGGCAAUACGGUCCUCACAAAAUGCACAAUCCUCCGAAUGGUGGUUUCAAAGGAGACAAUAGCGCUAUUCUAGCAGCAGCAUAACCACUGCAAAACAAAAACCACUGUCCUGUAUGUUUAGACUUGUUAGUGCUUGUACGUUUCAUUUUUAGGGCUAGUUUAUCCACCCCCAUGCAGUAUCUUAAAGAUCAAGCUGAAUGGAUUGUGAAAAAGAAGACUUCAACUCAGUCGUGUAUUAGAGUGGUUUUGUUAGAAAUUCCUUGUGAAGGAAUGUUCGAACACGAAUUAGAGUUAGUAGCAGAACAAAAACAACAAACAAAAGACCACAUCACAAUUUGGCGCCCUGAAUCCGUCAUUUUAUAGCAGCAUCCCGGCAAAUUCAUAAACCCGUUAGGAUAAUAGCGACUGUAGCGGCUGUUAUGUGCGAUGCUUGCGGACUUGUUACGAGCUAUAAGCUUUCAAGUGGUUAAUUAAAAGAUGUCGUUCAAGACACGAGACAAAAUAAAAGCGAAACUCUCUAGAUCUUAACUAACCUCGACGUAACACACACUAACGUAGCUGUGUUGUUUUAUUCACCGGCUUAAAAAAAUAAAAAAAAGAAUAGUAAAUGAAUGCUAAAA